GACAGAAACGGGGUGUGCAGAGUGGAGGAUUGAAACACCAGGGGCAAAGCUGUUCCUGUACGUCCUGGAGUCAAGACAACAUCUUGGCUUCUCACCGACAAAAAGACUGACGGAAGAUCCUUGGAAGAAGCUUGUGGGUGCCGCCAUGAUGUCCCAGCUGCUGGCUCUGCUCUGCACUGGGCUAUGUGCUGACCAAGGAAGCAGGGGGACUGACGAGUCCCUUCCCAAGCCCUCCCUCAGGGCCUGGCCCAGCUCGGUGAUGCCUUCCUCGGGUAAUGUGACGCUGCAAUGCCAGACUUCUACCAAGAAUGUCAACUUUGUUCUCAGAAAGGGAAAAGUUCCUUUGGAGUCUGUGCAAUCAUGGAUUUCCACAGAUGGGCUGGCUGAAUUUCAACUCACUGACCUACAACCCAGCGAUGCUGGAGCGUACACCUGUGACUACUAUAGACAGCGGGCCCCGAGCACACGUUCAAAGCCCAGUGACAUCCUCUUACUACUGGUGACAGGAAGUUUUCUUAAACCUUCCCUGCAAGCCCACCAAAGGAGUGAGGUGACCGCAGGAGACACCGUGACCCUGAGGUGCCAGACGCCAGCCAAUGUUUAUGAGACUAUAAUGUUUGCUCUACUGAAGGUGGGAGCAGCAGGGCCAGUUCAGCUCCAGGGUCCAGUAAAGAAGGAGACAGACUUCUCCCUCCAGAAUGUGACAGCUGGUGACACUGGGAACUACAGUUGUGUGUACUUCCAGACCAGUGCUCCUUUCUGGGCCUCCAAGCCCAGCGAUCAUCUGGAGAUCUGGGUGACAGAUAAAACUGAAACGAAGCGUCCCAAGACGGUGGGAACAGGAAUAGGGACCCCUGGGAUCACCCUCAUUGUCAUCUCCAUCUUUCUCGUCCUCCUUGGAGCCUUCCUCAUCUGCAAAUACACCCGGUGUGGGGCAGCUCCUCAGAAGGUGACCAAACGCUCCCACUCUGAGGGACCUGAAGAAGUGUGGACAAGUACUCAGCCUGAGAAAGAGAACGGCGAUCCAUCCGCAGCUAUGACGAGCAGCUCUCUGGCCUUGGAUAGAGCAUCCCUGGUCUCAAGAGCUGAGGAUCCCCACGGAGUGACUUAUGCUGAGCUGAACACCAGAGCCCUAAGCAAGCGUCCUUCCAGCCAGAUGGAGCAGUCUCUGGAAGCCUGUGUGUACUCAACUCUUAAGGCAUAGCCAGGAGACCCCAACAAGGGGAUGGAUGAAGGAGAGAGGACCCUUGAGGCACUCGGUGAAUGGGAAUCCCUUUCCUCAAAUCUCCAAUGAAGACGUGUUUCCUUCUUCUAAAAAUUUAUUUAUUUUUAAAUGAGAGGCAUCAUUUGCAUAGAGAAAACUACACAGACUUUGCUAAGUAAAUAGAUAUGUAUAUAUAUAUAGGAUAUUGCU